AUGAUUCCAAAUAUUUCUAGUAAAAGAGUGUCCUGGUCUAAAAAUGGGAUAAUUGCAUAUGCAGAUUCAGAAUCUUCGGAGGGAAAUCUGUGUAUUAGUUUUUUGGAAACAAUUAAUGGUGUAAACUGGAGAUUCCAUCCUCCACAACGUUACAUGAUUCACCCCCAAUUACAUGAAGACUCUAGUAAUAUAUCACUAUCAACCACUUCCAAAAAUAACGAUACAAAUACUGUUCAUUCUACUAACACUAGUAACAUUGAUAACACUGGGAAUAACCAGUAUAUUAAUAACAAAAAUACCCCAACAACGACAACUUCCACCAGUAUUGUUAACAAUUAUGUUAAUCUAAAUGGAAAGCCUGGUGCAGGUAUUCCUAACUCACCUAAAUUUUUUUACAAUAUUUCUUCUGUUCAUUGGAAUAAUUGGUUCAGUUUACCUGGUGAUAUGUUAGCAGUUUGCGAUGAAAUUGGUAACAUGACAAUGUUGAUUGCUGGCCAGAGUCCUGAAGGGGCUACUACAUUUGAAAAAUUAACAAUGCUAUUUCAAGAUAACAUUUAUAAACUUUAUAACCAUAUCAUGCCUUUAGCUCCUAUAACUACUCAAUCGAAACAGAUAGAAAAAAAGAAAACAAAAAAGGAGUAUCAUACAACAAUCUUAGAUUUUCAUUGGAUUAGUUCAUCAAAAAGUGUCAUAAUUUCCCAGUUUUGUGCCUUAGACACUACAACUAACAUAUAUAGAAAUAAAGCUCAACAAAUCCCACCGUAUGGUGUUUUUCAUCCUCCAUCAAUGAAAUAUGCAUGUGCGGCUAUACGCAGAAAUGGCCAAAUCGAUUUUUGGUAUCAAUUUUCCAAUUCUAAAGAUCAUAAAAAAGUUACCUUGCAACUUUCUAUGUCUAAUUCUCAACAAAGGAGCAAAGAAUUGGAUUGGUUACAAUUUGCUAAUAUUACUCCAAUAGAUGAUGGACAUUGCAUGCUUAUUACAGCAUAUUCGAAAUUGAGAGAAAAAUUAUGUUUUUAUAAAUUAUACGUGUCAUGGAACGGAUCCGCCAAUAGACCGUUAUCUGAUCCAAAUUUAAGAAUUCAAAAUAUAUUAAAUGUAUCCCUUGAUAGAGUUGAUAGUAAAGGAAGUAUAAUAACACUAUCUAAUUUACAUGUAGUAACAAAAACAGUAUCAGAAAAGGAUCAUUAUCCAGAGAUUAUAUUAGUUUUUGAUAUUAAUGGAACAAAAAAAUCAUUAAUAAAAAGAAUGCGUUUGAUUAAUACAUAUUUAGCUCUGGAUUAUUUAUCUAUUCUAAAUCCAAAUUUACAAAAUGAAAAUACAGACAAGCUUCCUGUAAAGACCAAACAUUAUAAUGUUCGUUAUUAUAAUGAUAUGAUAAUAGAUGAUAAAAUUAUCAAUGUAUCUUCAGAAAUGUUGGACAGUUUUAUAUCUUUCUAUACAGAAACAGGGAAUAUUGCUUCAUAUAAUUUAAACGAUUGGGAAUUAGAAACUGAACGAAUGAAGCAUCAAGUAAAACAGGGAAAAUACACUAAUAUAAUUACUUCUGUGUUAAGUGCCGGAUUUCAUUACCCUAAAUUUCCUGUUUAUUUAUCAUUAGAUUGGAUCUGUGUUUCACCAACAAUAUCGGGUGUGAUAUAUAAAUUACGUCACGAGAGUAUUCCUGAAUUUCACUGUGUGAUAAAAGAUGAUAUAUCAAAUGCAAAUAAUGAUUCAAUUGAUGCCACUGCAAUGGCUUUCACUUUUGUUGGAAGUACACACAGACAGUUAUCUGCAGAAGAUUUAUCUAUUGCAUGUAAAAAUCAUAUAACAAAGUUAGAGCAAAUAAAGGAAGAAAGAGCAAUAAAUUUUAUAACGACUUUAAUGACUAGUCUAUAUCCAUUUUUUAAUGUAUCCUUAAAUGCUCCAAAAGAAAUUAUGGAAAAAAUGGUAACAAGUAGACCAAUUCAAAAGAUUAUGUUAUUUCAAUUAGAGUUGGGUAGCAGAUUUAGAUAUAAGGAAAAUAUCGCCUCAAUGGCAAGAAUUAUAUUAUAUCUCAAAAAUGUCUUAUUUUCCUUUAGCGGCGUAGCUCGUAACCUACAAUUUGCUAUCGAACAAAUGAAUUCAGCUCAAGCAGAGGGAAAUCAAAAUAAAUUGUUUCAAACUGCAUUUUCAAAGCAAGAUUUAAUUCAUUCCCUGAUUCCUGUUGCUAAAUGGUUUGUGAAGUUCAUAACUUAUUUAAUGCAAGAAGUGUUAAUAUUAGUUAAUAACCCUCCUGCAGAAAAAGGUACAUUAGUUCUUGGUGUACUUGGAUCUAAAAUGUCAAGGCAACUACUUUUGUCUAUUUUGACUGAAGUUAAACGAAUUGCACAAGUUAUUACGAAAUUUCCAGAAUCUACAUACCCUGUGUUGAAUGAGUCUUCCAAUUAUUUGAAAAUGGUAUUAGGUGAAUCACCAAUUAAUUUUGAAAAAUUUGAAACAUUUUUGAUCAAUAUUAACAAUAAAUUUUCUACAACAAAUGAGGGACAAAAUGCAAACGAGAUUCAAUCAAUAUUAAAUAGAGAACAUUCUUUAUUGAUUAAAGCAGAGGUCCCGCAAAGUCAUCAAAAAGUGGCAGAAUUUUUAGUCACCUAUGCCAAUAACACAUUGGUGUCUCAUUUGAACGCAGCUAAUGUUUAUUUUGCUGAUACUUCAGGAUUACGAACAUCUCAAGAAGAAUUUUUUGUAGAAGAUGUAAGACAUCUCUUACAACCAGUUGAGGAUGGGUUGAUUAUCAGUUCAAAAGCAUUUAAUAAGAAAUAUGAUACCUCCAAACUAUUCAGUCAAUUGAUAUAUGAUGGUGUAACGUAUGAUAGAUUAAGUGAGAUAGAGUUGAAAGAUGGUAAAUUGAAAAGGUGUAGCCGCUGUGGUUGUGUUACAAGGGCGGGGUAUGUAGUUGCAUCUGAUAAGACUAUCAUCUCUACUUCUAUUCAAACGAAGAGAUGGCCUACUAUGUAUACCCGAAUGUGUAUAUGUUCUGGUUUGUUAUACGAAUUAUGA